CUGAUAGUACUUGCUUAUCACAGCUCCUCAAUACUGCAUACUACUUUUAAUUAAAGUUAUAAAUGAUUUAAGGAAAAAGGAUUUCUUGGCACUUUUUACUAAUUUUACGCAGAAGAACGAUUUCGUGAACAGCUACGUUUACUUCAGUGUGUAUCCUACGAAAAUUUUAUUCAGAACUAUGAAGAGUUUAGUUAACGAAGUUAAUAAUGCAGUCACGGAAUCUCUUUUUGGAUUAUCGUUUGCAUUUCCGCAAUUGGAGUAUCAAGAAUCUCAUAAAGUCGUUUUGAUGCCAAACCUUCAAGAACGGAAACAUAAGGUAUCCCUGAUAUGCGGCGGUGGAAGUGGACACGAACCUUUCGCGGCUGGUUAUGUUGGAAAUGGUAUGUUAGCUGCAGCUGUAGCAGGCUCAAUAUACGCAGCACCACCGUCAAAACAUAUCUCUUAUGCCAUCGACCGUGUUUCUCAAUAUAAUAAUACUGGUAUUUUGAUGGUCGUUCCGAAUUAUACUGGAGAUUGCCUUAAUUUUGGAAUAGCAAUUGAAAAAGCGAGACAAAAGGGUCUGAAGAUUUCGGAAGUAAUUGUAAAUGAAGAUUGUAGUAUACCGAAGGAGGAGCAAGGUGUCGCUGGCAAGCGUGGUUUAACGGGAAUAAUAUUUGUUAUGAAAAUAGCUGGUGCGUUAGCUGAACAAGGGCUAUCACUUGAAGAAGUGACUAAAGCUGCACAUGAUGUUUUGCAAAAUAUAGCCACUUAUUCGGUUGGAUUAACAGCUUGUGCAAUACCCGGCCAAUCUCCAAUGUUCGAGCUUGGAGAAGAUGAAAUCGAAGUUGGACAGGGAAUUCAUGGAGAGGCUGGAUAUGAAAAAAUGAAAUUGAAACCCUGCAGUGAAAUAGUUGCAUUCAUGCUCAAACGCUUACGCGAGGCAUUAUCUUUGAAGAGUGGAGACUCAGUUGCAGUUAUCAUUAAUAACUUCGGAGCGUUAAGUCAACUGGAACAAGGAAUUGUAGUUUAUGAUGUUGUGAAACAUCUUCGAAGUAUGAAUAUAGAGCCUCUUCGUGUGUAUGCGGGGUUACUGAUGACGUCAUUGAACAGUGCUGGAGUGCAUAUCACUCUUUUAAAAUUAUCCGAAGAUAAUAAAGGUUUCUUCCUCGGUUGCCUAGAUGCACCUACUGUUGCACCAAAGUGGCCAGGUUGCGUAUAUAGUAUUUCUACAGAAAGUGCACGAAAGGUUGUUCAAGAUCUAGUAGUACGGACAGUGGAAACAAUUGGAAUGGAAAUUACUCUCGAAUUACAGAACUUAUUAAAGCACUGUUUGAAAAGUGCUUGUGAAAGUAUCAUUCAGAAAGAAACUCAUCUUAAUGAUCUAGAUAGAGGAUGUGGAGACGGUGACACAGGAUCGACGCUUAACAGACUUGCUACUGGAAUUUUAGGAAAUCUAGACAAGUUUCAAUUCUCACAUCCAUCGUCAGUUUUUACUGAACUAGCUCAUAUAGCCGAAGAAGAAAUGGGUGGCACUUCUGGAGCAUUGUACUGCUUAUUUUUUACUAGUAUUACCACAGAAUUAGUUUCACUUUCUGAAAAAAAAGGUUGGCUGCAAAUUUGGGCACGUGCAUUUCGCAGUGGUCUAAAUUGUUUAAUAAAAUAUGGGAAAGCGAAACCGGGUGAUAGAUCCAUGGUUGAUGCUCUCAAUGCAUUUUGUGAUACUUUUGAAAACCUGUUGCACAAGCCAUUAGUAGAAAUUUGUGAUGCAUUAAAGGUAGUAACUUGGAAAGCGUGUGAAUCCACGAAGAAUAUGAAAGCUAAGGUAGGACGAGCUAGUUAUGUAAAACAAACACAAUAUUUCCAGAAUGUAGAUGCUGGUGCAUAUGCUGUUGCGACUUGUGUUGAAGCCAUUACAAAUGUGCUUAAAAAUAUUAAUUAAUGUUGCUUAUUAAGACAUUAAGAAACAUAUUAUUGUAAUUUCUUAUGACAUUUUUAUUAAAUACAUAAUUAUACAUUAACGCAUUACGAUAUGUUACUAAAAAUACUAUAAAUGGUAAAAACAUGUCAAAAACUUUCAACAAUUUCAUAAUGAAAAAUAAAUGUAUUAUUUGCUUCAAUUUAUAAAAAAUAAAAUAAAGUAUAAAAUA